AUGGAGCUUCCACUACCUCGAGACGCGGCUCGAACUCUUGGGAAGAAGAGAAGUAGUCGCGGAAACGCCCUCACUCUAUCCCUCUCCCCCGAACGCACUCAACAUCAACAUCACCCUCAACGGAGCAUAACAUCUCCCGUCAAGCCCUCCUCCGCAACACGCUCAACGCAUUCAAGCUUUUUCUCUCCCGACCUCGUACCUCGAAGCGCAUCAACAGCUCCUCACCACCCCCAACACCACCGCAACAUCUCUAUAUCUCGACCGUCACCUAGUUUAAUCGAUUAUGGCUCUAUGCAGUCUGAAGCACGAACAGAAUCCGCCCUGACUAUUCGUCCUCCUACAACCACACUCUCUCGAGGAGGAUCGCCGCCCCUUACGCCGUUCCCGCCGUGGGUCAGCGAGGAAGAAGACGAGGGCGAUGAAGAGUAUGAGAAUCGUACUUGGGAGAAUUCUACGACCAAGAGGCAAAGUUACGACGGCGGUCAUGUACCAGUGACGAUUCUGCGCGUGGAGGGGAAGUGGGUGGUUAAAUCUGUGAUACAUGGCCUCGUGCUUGCGUUACAGUUUGCUGUGACACUGGGUGUUUUUAGCGCUUUGAUGUGGAUUACUGUUUGGAAGGAGAACGAGCCCGGUAACGACUUUGACAAUUGGCUUUGGAAAUUUGCGGACCCGAGCCUUGUCAUCGUUCUCCUCCUUUGUGCAACAAGCCUCAUCGUUCAUGAAAUCAAGCUACUGUCAUCUGUAGCUCUUCUCUACCUCGAAUCCCUCAUACUCGUAGCCACCACCGUGGCGAGUUUCGUUCUCUGGACGCGGUGUUUUCAGGAGAAGAGUCGCAGUGUAAAGGGUGUGCUGAUGGGCAGCAAUGUGUUGAUGUGGGAGCUUGCAUUCUUUGGAUUCGUCAGGGCUGUUGUCAUCUGGAAGGUUGAGGCUGUUGAAGGGGAUGUUGAUCAGGAGAGGGCGGUUAUGUACGGGACGUUUGUUCCGUGGGAUGAGAGACGGGAGUCACUGUAG